ACGGCACGAUCGGCGUCUGUGACACGGCUAGUCUUGCACUUUCACGAUCAUGCUCAGCAGGUCAUCGACGACGGCGUAUAGCUGUCGAAGGCAGCUCGGACAUACUGCAAGAGCUGCGUGUAGUCUGCAGUCACGGGCGAGCUCAACAAGUGCAGGAACGGCACCAAGUGGAGAGGCUACCCAGACCCCCAUAAAGCGUUCAAUCCCAUUAGCCCAGAGGUUCGGAAAUCUCAUUAUUCCUGAUACGAGGACGGACCGUCGCGGUCCACGGGCUGCUGCACGACAAGCUGCGGCAUUAAAUGACAAGCCGUUAGUUGAUACUUUAGCGGCUAGGCUGGCACGCCGACAACCUGGGAAGGCUGGGGAAGCCUUGCUUGCUCAAGUCACGCAAACUCAAAGCCAUUUAGGAGGACAGCAAAAGAAGCAAACACCUCAGUGGAAGGGCGCGAAAUUCAGUCAGGGCACUCAGAGGGCCGGAGGUAAUCAGAUGGACUACAAAGCUCCUCAACCUCGAGGUAAUUUUGAUGGAAGGAGGAAAGACAACCAAAGGUCAGGUUCAGAGGAUCGGAGACCUCGCAGAAACAAACCCGAGCGGGUUCCAGAGGAGCCAGAGAUGAAUACUGCUCUCACGGCUGAAAACUUUGCAAUCCACAGUUCCACGGACCUCGACUCCCUCUUCGGCUCCUCUACACCCACCUCCUUCGUACCCGCUCCCCGUAAGUCCUCGAAGAAGAAGGCCGUUGCAAAAUCCACAGAGGACACCGCCGUUCGCGUAUCUGCUUUCCGCUUGCAGCAUGUGUUGGAACGUGUAGCUGGCGAUUAUUCGCGCUAUCAUCCUCAAGACAUCGUUCGCAUUAGAGGCGACUCGGUGCAGACCCUUGGACCUGUCGGCCUUGCCAAACAAAUUAUAAGUCGCAAAGCGGAGGUUGGACUGAAGUCGAAGGAGACUGCAAUCGGUGUGGUUUCGAAACUGGCCGGGAAGGUUGUUGCCGACACUCAAGUUGCUGCGCAGGCUUGAGGUUUAGAGGUAUAUACUCUAUGAGUCAAGUGCGGGAUUAUAUCCCAUAUAAUACGCAUACAUACUCGAAUACCAUAAAACUACAUUACUGGUUCGCCCGAAAUUAAACUGUACGAAGGUAAGGGAAGCUAUAAACAUUACGAUCAUAAAUAAAGAUAGUAUCUGGGAUUACUCCAGAGUCGCG